AUGGUCUUUGUUUUUGAAUGUCAAGGAGACAAAAAGUCGUGUGUCACUUUUUCAAACAAAUUUAUGAAAAAGUGGAUGGAGUAUUCUUAUGGAAUAAAAGAAACUGCAAAUUACAUUAAAAAUGGCUCUAUUUUGAUUAAUGUGGGAAAUGUCUUUGGAGGAACAGAACAAGUAUUGGAGUAUCUCCACUUAAUGGAAAAGUACAUCAACCCAUCAAAAUGGGCAUCAUGGGGACAUGAUCAAAGCGUCCACAAUUAUGUAUUCUACUCAUUUUAUUAUCCCAAGUAUCAAAUAUUUUGUUUCAAAGAUAAAAACUAUUUGUUUUACGAUAGCAAAAACAAAAGUCUAAAAAUAAUAGGAACAAAUUGCGGGCCAGUCGCACGUCAUAAAAUAGGAUUGAACAAUUUUAAAAUGAAUUGGUCGAGUUUAGAACAGAAAUUUUAG